CUGUGCCACUGCUGUCGCAUAUUUUUAGUAGUAUUUUAAUCGCAGUGAAACAAUAGAAAAGGCAAAAAUGGAUUUAAAAAAAUCGUGUCGCUGCUGUUUACUGCGGCCUCCGGACAAAGACUUGAAGAUGCCGUAUUCCCAUUCGGGCAAAACCGAGAUAUACGCGGACAUGCUUAAGAAAUGCUUCGAGAUUCAUUUUAUAUCAACAUCAAGUGAUGGUGUCUGUGGGAUAUGUGAGGUGUGUGUGGGGCGGCUGCGCGACGCCAGUGACUUCAAGCUGCAAGUGCAGCGAUGCCAGGUCGAGCUGAAUGUGUGGCUGCGUGGAGCUAUGCCUGUGAAAGAUGAAGAACCCUUGGUAAAGUCAGAAAUGUCAGACGACAUUGUUGUGGACAACGAGGCACUCAUUCAUGCAGAAGUAAAGCUUGAGAGCACGGAGGAUCCUCUGCCGCACAAUGAAGAUGAUGUCUUCAAGGAGUUUGUGUUAAACUUGGGGCACAGAGUGUCAGAUGUUUGGAAGCCGGAGCCACUGUUCGAAUUCGCCCCGAUCAUACCCUUCGCUGGCCCUUCUAUAAGCUCCCCGAAGCUUGAACACGCUGAAAAUAACACGAAAAAGCGACACGACCAAUCUAAACAUUCCAACACAUGCGACAUUUGCGGGAAACGGUUUAAACUGAAAACUGCCUUGGCCAACCACAAACGUCGACACAAGGAAGAUCGUUACAAAUGCGAAGAAUGUAACCAGCAAUUCAAAUUCAAAUGCCACUUAGACAUACACAGGAAAGAUUCUCACGAAGGCAUAAAACCAUACGACUGCAACAUAUGCAACAAGCGAUUCGCACACAGACGCGGCUUAUAUAGACAUGUAAAAGUGACGCACAAUGAAAAGCGAUUCCAGUGUGAGGAAUGUAACAAGCUGUUCAGAGAUGCGUCUUAUUUGACCAGGCAUAAACUCUUACACCGAGGUGAGAUGCCCUACAAUUGCGAUAUAUGUAAAGCUAAAUUCAGAAGCAAGUAUAUUCUGAUCUCGCAUAUGGGCAGACAUACAGGACAGAUGCAUUAUAGUUGUAAAUAUUGUUCGUUAAAGUUUUGGGAUUACAAGAGUUUACUGUAUCAUAGAAAAAUACAUACUAUGGGGGAUAUUGAGAGUUAUUGCUGCGAGGUGUGUCGGAAAGUUUUUACUAUUAGAGGGAGUUAUAUCAGUCAUUUGAAAACGCAUACAGAACGGGAACCGUACCCUUGCGAGUUCUGUCCGGCGAAGCUAACGACUUUAGGCAGUUUGAGGCAGCAUAAAAAAAGACAUACUGAAGAGCGGCCAUACGCUUGUGAAUUGUGUAAUAAGCGGUUCCGAUUCAAACACAACCUUAAGGCCCAUAUACCCAUACACACUGGUGAGAAAUCACACUGUUGCGAAGUAUGCGGGAAGCAGUUUGCGCGGCAAGAUAAUUUGAAGACACAUUUAGAAACACAUGUAGAGGGAAUUUCGUAUUCGUGCGAGCUUUGUACCAAAUUUUAUUCGACUAAGGAAGGUUUACGACAGCACAGGCGAUCUCAUACGAAGAAGAACGACUUAACUAAAUCUUUUAGAAAAAAACAAAAUAAAAUUACUUCAGUGGAUUUUGAUCAAGGUGCAGAUGAUAUACAAAUUAUUCUUCAUUAAUGCACUUUACGUACAGUUUUCUUUCUGGACGUAUUCAGGUCAGCAGGGGAUAGAAAAAAGUAGAAUUAAGUAAAAAAAAA